GCCGCUCCAACAACAACAACAGCCGCUCCAACCACAACAACUACAGCUGCUCCAACCAAAACAACUGCGUCUCCAACCACAACCACAGCUGCUACAACCACAACAACUGCUGCUACAACAACAACAACAGCUGCUUCAACCACAACAACAGCUGCUUCAACCACAACAACAACCACAACAACUGCGGCGCCAACAGCAACAACAGUUGCUCCAACCACUACAACUGCUGCUCCAACCACAACCACAGCUGCUCCAACAACAAAAACAGCUGCUCCAACAACAACAACAGCUGCUCCAACCACAACAGCUUCUCCAACAACAACAACACCUGCUCCAACCAAAACAACAGUUGCUCCAACCACUACAACUGCUGCUCCAACAACAACUGCUGCUCCAAGCACAACAACAGCCUUUCCAACCACUACAACUGCUGCUCCAAUAACAACCACAGCUGCUCCAACCACAACAACUGCUGCUGCAACCACAACAACAGCUGCUCCAACCACAACAACAGCAGCUGCUCCAACCACAACAACUGCUGCUCCAACCACUACAACUGCUGCUCCAACAACAACCACAGCUGCUCCAACCACAACAACUGCGGCACCAACCACAACC